AUGACCAGCCAGUCGCAAGGAAUCCAGCAGCUUUUGCAGGCAGAGAAACGGGCCAAGGACAAACUGGAAGAAGCCAAAAAAAGAAAGGGGAAGAGACUGAAGCAGGCCAAGGAAGAGGCUACAGCGGAGAUAGACCACUACCGGCUGCAGAGGGAGAAGGAGUUCAGGCACAAGCAAAGCAGCGCAAUGGGCUCCCAAGGCAACCUCUCCACUAAAAUAGAAGAGCAAACAACAGAAGCGAUCCAAAACCUCACUGGCAGCUACCACAAGAACAUGGAGGGCGUGAUGAAAAAGCUUUUGAACACGAUAUGUGACAUCAGUCCUGAAAUCCACCCAAACUUCAGAUACGAAGUUUAAGAUCCACUGAUGUGCUGGGCAAGGG